UCUAAGUGUGUGUGUGUGUGUGUUUGUGUGGGAUGUCUAAGUGUGUGUGUGUGUGAGAUCAGGCAGGUGUUUGUGUGGGAUGUCUAAGUGGGAUAUGGGGCUGUAAUUUUCUCUCUUUAAAAGUGAUUGUAUGUAGGACACAACAGGACAGUAGUGUCUCUCUGGAAUCUAUCAGCGAUCAGGAGAACACAUAAAGAGUCCCAGCUGUUCAGUCUCUCUGGAGAGGAAUGGGACCUCUGCUUUGAUUCAGUCUCACUGGAGAGGAAUGGGACCUCUGCUUUGAUUCAGUCUCACUGGAGAGGAAUGGGACCUCUGCUUUGAUUCAGUCUCACUGGAGAGGAAUGGGACCUCUGCUUUGAUUCAGUCUCACUGGAGAGGAAUGGGACCUCUGAUUUGAUUCAGUCUCACUGGAGAGGAAUGGAACCUCUGAUUUGAUUCAGUCUGACUGGAGAGGAAUGGGACCUCUUCUUUGAUUCAGUCUCUCUGGAGAGGAAUGGGACCUCUGCUUUGAUUCAGUCUCACUGGAGAGGAAUGGGACCUCUGCUUUGAUUCAGUCUGACUGGAGAGGAAUGGGACCUCUGCUUUGAUUCAGUCUCACUGGAGAGGAAUGGGACCUCUGCUUUGAUUCAGUCUCACUGGAGAGGAAUGGGACCUCUGAUUUGAUUCAGUCUCACUGGAGAGGAAUGGGACCUCUGAUUUGAUUCAGUCUGACUGGAGAGGAAUGGGACCUCUGCUUUGAUUCAGUCUCACUGGAGAGGAAUGGGACCUCUGCUUUGAUUCAGUCUCACUGGAGAGGAAUGGGACCUCUGCUUUGAUUCAGUCUCACUGGAGAGGAAUGGGACCUCUGAUUUGAUUCAGUCUGACUGGAGAGGAAUGGGACCUCUGCUUUGAUUCAGUCUGACUGGAGAGGAAUGGGACCUCUGCUUUGAUUCAGUCUCACUGGAGAGGAAUGGGACCUCUGCUUUGAUUCAGUCUGACUGGAGAGGAAUGGGACCUCUGCUUUGAUUCAGUCUCACUGGAGAGGAAUGGGACCUCUGCUUUGAUUCAGUCUCACUGGAGAGGAAUGGGACCUCUGCUUUGAUUCAGUCUCACUGGAGAGGAAUGGGACCUCUGCUUUGAUUCAGUCUCUCUGGAGAGGAAUGGGACCUCUGCUUUGAUUCCGUCUCUCUGGAGAGGAAUGGGACCUCUGAUUUGAUUCAGUCUCUCUGGAGAGGAAUGGGACCUCUGAUUUGAUUCAGUCUCUCUGGAGAGGAAUGGGACCUCUGAUUUGAUUCAGUCUCUCUGGAGAGGAAUGGGACCUCUGAUUUGAUUCAGUCUCUCUGGAGAGGAAUGGGACCUGUCUGAUAAAUGAUCAGCAGGGUAUCUGUUAUAUCUCUCUGAUAGUUGAUCAGCAGGGUAUCUGUUAUAUCUGUCUGAUAGGUGAUCAGCAGGGUAUCUGUUAUAUCUGUCUGAUAGAUGAUCAGCAGGGUAUCUGUUAUAUCUGUCUGAUAGAUGAUCAGCAGGGUAUCUGUUAUAUCUGUCUGAUCAGCAGGGUAUCUGUUAUAUCUGUCUGAUAGAUGAUCAGCAGGGUAUCUGUUAUAUCUGUCUGAUAGAUGAUCAGCAGGGUAUCUGUUAUAUCUGUCUGAUAGAUGAUCAGCAGGGUAUCUGUUAUAUCUGUCUGAUAGAUGAUCAGCAGGGUAUCUGUUAUAUCUGUCUGAUCAGCAAGGUAUCUGUUAUAUCUGUCUGAUAGAUGAACGUAAAGACCAUGAUGAACCAGUCUCAGCCAGAGCAGAAAGGACUGAGAAACAGGGAUGCAGGAUAUCUCAAUGUGUCCUCUGCAGGCAAGGAUUUGCACACUGCACACAGAACCAGGAAGUUUCUUAUUACCCUUGUGGAGGCCACUCCUCCUCUGUACAAACAAGGAAAUCAAAAGUUAUCUCUGAUACUCCUCUGCGCUGUUUGUUAGUGAGUGUCAAAAUGGCAGAGGCAUUUUUUGAAGAUCGGGAUUCAUUUAGCUGUUCAAUCUGCCUGGAUCUACUGAAGGAUCCGGUGACUACUUCCUGUGGACACAGCUACUGUAUGGGCUGUAUUGAGGGCUGCUGGGAUCAGGACGACUUGAAAGGUGUUUACAGCUGCCCAGAGUGCCGACAGACCUUUGUCCAAAGGCCUGUUCUGAACAGAAACACGUUGCUGGCUAAAGUGGUGGAGAACCUGAAACAUACUGCUCUUCAUGCUGCUCUUCCUGCUCACUGUUAUGCUGGACCUGGAGAUGUGGAGUGUGAUUUCUGCACUGGGAGAAAACACAAAGCCCUCAUGUCCUGUCUGGUGUGUCUGGCCUCUUACUGUGAGCCUCACCUCCAGCCUCACUAUAAUUUCCCUGCCUUAAAGAAGCACAUGCUGGUCAAAGCCUCCACACAACUACAUGAAAAGAUCUGCUCUCAACAUGACAAACUGCUGGAGGUUUACUGUCGUACCGAUCAGCAGUGCAUCUGUCUGCUGUGUGUGAUGGAUGAACAUAAAGGCCAUGAUACAGUCUCAGCUGCAGCAGAGAGGACUGAGAAACAGAAGCAGGUGGGGGAGAAGCAACAGAAAUCCCAGCGGAAAAUCCAGGUGAGAGAGAAGGAGAUGCAGAAGCUGAGACAGGUUGUGGACUCUCUGAAGCUCUCUGCACAGGCAGCCGUGGACGACAGCGAGAGGAUCUUUACUGAGCUGAUCCGCACCAUGGAGACAAGGUGCUCUGAGGUGAAGGAGCUGAUCAGAGACCAGGAGAAGGCUGAAGUGAGUCAGGCUGAAGGCCUCCUGGAGCGACUGGAGCAGGAGGUGGCUGAGCUGAGGAGGAGAGAUGCUGAGCUGGAGCAGUUCUCACACACAGAGGACAACAUCCACUUCCUCCAAAGGUUCAAAGACCACAGUGCCCCCCCUGUUUCUGAAGAGAUGCCUGCCAUCAUCCUUAACCAAAGUCAUGAUUUUAAGACGGUGAUGACCUCUGACCUCCAGGAAAAGCUGAUGCUCUGCUGUAAGGAGGGAGUAGUGAAGAUAUCAGCAGCAGUGAAAGCUGUCCACAUACUGCAGUCAGCAAAGCCAAGCACCAGAGCAGCAGCAUCUGUCCCACAAUAUCACGGAAAGUAUUAUAGAGAAGACCCUUUAGGAAGAUUUUUCGUUCAAAUGAGAUUGUGUGUUCAUUGUGGCAAGUGGAAAGAGGGGCAUGGCUGCAUGGGUCAAUGUUCCUAGUUAUAUUAAGGAGUGAGUUGAUAAUACUAUUGUCAUCGUGUAGAUAAACUGUGUGUCCUUAAAAGGAGCAGGAGAGAGUGUGUGUUUGUUGUGUGUCACAGUAUCUGUAUAUUCUGAAAUUACAGUCACACACACCUUAACUCCACUCACCUUCACCAUCUAAAGUAGACUUAAAGCCAGUGGUGUAAAAAUACUUUAAAGUACUUAAGUAGUUUUGUUGGGUAUCUAUACUUCAUUUUACUAUUUCUUUUUUUGACAACUUUUACUUUUACUUCACUAUAAUCCUACAUAAAAUAAUGUACUUUUUACUCCAUACAUUUUCCCUGACACCCAAAAGUACUAGUUACAUUUAGAAUGCUUAGCAGGACAGGAAAAUUGUCAAAUUCACGCCCUUAUCAAGAGAACAUCCCUGGUCAUCCCUACUGAGGACUCA